GUGGGGUGGGGCGGCCGCUUCAGCUUCCUCCUGCACUGCCUCUCCCCUUUAAAUUGCUGGAUCUCCUCUGCGUGCCGAGACCGGGAGCCCAGGAGCCGAUCGAUCAAAGCAGGCUGCAGCCACCAGGCCGGAUCCACGUCGAUCGUCCCCAACGCACGUCCAGGUGCAGGUGGAGGGCAACAUGGAGCGAGACGACCUCAAGCUCGAGGUCACUGCCGCCGUUCCGGAGGCCGCCGCCAUCGUCGUCGCCGCUUCAGGUGUCGAUGAGGGCACGCUGGAGCUACUAGAUGAGGUGGUGGAGGAGACCAAGACGAUGACGGUGACAGAUGAAGAACAAGCGACGUCGUCAGCCGCUGCUUGCCAAGAACGACGACGACGACCCGUGGCGGCAGAUGCUGCUGCUGCUGUCAACAGCAGUGUGGACGACGUGGGUGCUGCUGCUGCUGCUGAUUCUGUUGAAAACAAGGGGGGAUCUGCGAACAGCAAGGUUCCAAUUCCAGCCAGUCUGGUAGUAGCACAGACGACGAGGAAGAAGAAGCUUCUCGUUCUGCAUCUCAAUGGCUUGCUCGCGGACAUUAACCAAGACUUUCACAACGCCCAUCUGUCCAAUGGGAAGUUCAGAUGCAAACUAGUCUUCAAAAGGCCCUUCUGCGACGACUUCCUGAAAUUCUGCUUCCGCAACUUUGACGUGGGUGUAUGGUCAUCAAGACUGAGAGUUAACGUCGAUGCAGCUGUUGAUAUCCUCAUGAAAGGUUCGAAACGUCGCCUGUUGUUCUGUUGGGACGCAUCUAAGUGCACUGCUACUGGGUUGUACUCUCUUGAGAACAAGAACAAGCCGUUGGUGCUCAAGGAACUGAAGAAGCUGUGGAGCAAAGAGGAGGCUGCAGAUGGUCUUCCCUGGCAGCAGGGGAAGUUCGCACCCUCAAACACUCUCCUGUUGGAUGAUUCCCCCUACAAAGCUCUGCGCAAUCCCCCGCACACCGCCAUUUUUCCUUACCCCUACAGCUACAAGAACCGCAAGGAUGAUUCAUCAUUGGCACCCGGUGGAGAUCUUCGGCUGUACCUGGAGAGCCUUGCCACUGCAGACGACGUUCCUCGUUUCGUCAGGGAGCACCCUUUUGGUCAGCCUCCCAUCACGGAGACUGACCCGGACUGGAACUUCUACAAGCGAGUACUACUCGAGUAGAAGUGGCAAUUAGUCACCGAUGAUUACCCUGAUGUUGCUGUUCUUCUUCCUGCUUAAUUACCCUUAAGUAUGAUCGGCAGGCUGAAAUGCAUGCACGCCUACCUUUUGUCUGUAAUUGCUAUGACAUGCAAGCAUUUCAGUUUAUGUUUUCAGUAUGUUUUACUGCCUUUUUUUAAGAACGUGCUUAACACGUGUUUCAUUAAUACUGCCUUAUCUAUAGUACUGUAUUUCGGUUCGAUCGAUGGUUCACUGAUGGUGCUCCAAU